UUAAUGCUCUUAAUUAGCAGUUAUAUUUUUGUUUGUAUAUAAUUAUGUUGUUUCCUGUUUGUACUUAGUUUAUUUUAGGUAGUUUCUUAUUUUCAUUCAUUCUCCCUAAUUCUCUCUUUAGUCAAGGAUUUCCUUCUUUGACUUUGAUCAAUCACAUUAUGUAAUUCCCUCUAUAAGAAGAGGAAUCCCUGUACAGUUUUUCAUAUCAAUAUUAUUACCAAAUAUUUCAACUUGGUAUCAGAGCAAAGAUCUCUGCGCAUCUGAUUUGCAUCCAUGGCUGACAGUUCCUCAGCCAGCGAUGAUCAGAAUACGGAGGAGAUUGUGGUUCCCAAAGUCUCGCAGCCUCCAAGGCAGGAGCAGCGAGUCCUGUUCGGCGAAUCUCAUUCUGUGCCUCCAAGGCAGGAGCAGCGAGUCCUGUUCGGUGAAUCUCAUUCUGUCCAAAUCACCACUUUUCGACUCAAUGGGUCGAACUAUUUCCGGUGGUCCCAAUCUGUCCAGUUGUAUAUUCGUGGCAGAGGAAAACUUGGGUAUCUCACUGGUGAGAAACCCAUGCCAGAUAUUGCUGAUCCACAAUAUGCUGUUUGGGACGCUGAAAACUCCAUGGUGAUGACAUGGCUGGUAAACUCCAUAAAGGACAUUAGCAGCAAUUACAUGUGUUAUUCCACAGCCAAAGAGCUAUGGGAUAGUGUCACGGAAAUGUAUUCAGAUCUUGAGAACAAAUCUCAGAUCUAUGAACUCACCUUGAAAGUCAGAGAAAUUCGGCAGGGAGGUAAUAACGUGACAAAAUACUUCCACUCUUUGAAGCGAGUUUGGCAGGAUCUAGAUCUCUUCAACACUUACAAGUGGAACUCUGCAGAGGAUGCCAAACACCAUCGACAAACCGUGGAAGAAGGUAGAAUAUUUCAGUUUCUUGCUGGUCUGAAUGAAGAGCUAGAUGAAGUUCGUGGCAGAAUCAUUGGGAGAGCAACCUUACCUUCAUUGGGUGAGGUCUUUGCUGAAGUUAGAAGAGAGGAAACUCGCAGAAGUGUGAUGAUGGGAAAGACCAAAACGGAUGCACCUCCUUCUGAGACCAAUGCUCUUGCUGUAGAAACUGCUGCCCUUAAGACUUCUACUAACCAGAAGAACUUCUCAAACCGCUGGUGUGAUCACUGCAACAGACCCGGUCAUACUCGGGAAAGUUGCUGGAAAAUUAUUGGGAGGCCAGCACAUCUAAAGGGUGGCAAGUCAGGUCCUAAAAAUCAAAAAUCUUUCCCUACAGCUCAUGAGGCAGAAAAGACUUCCUUGAAAAAGGAACAAGUUGAGGAACUCAUAAGGUUGUUAAAUUCUAAUUUUUUAUCUGGUACUCCUAGUGGUUCUGUGGCACAAACAGGACCGGAUUUCGGGGAAGAUGAUUGGCAGUGCUAAGAUGAAGGAUGGACUUUACUACUUUGAGGAUACUUUCAGAAAUAAAGCAGCUCAGGGUCUUUGUGGUUUG